GGUCGUCCGCCAAACGGAAAGCCGCCAUGAUGGCUUUCUGUAAAGUACGCUCAAUAUGUAAAGUUUCGAUAUUGUUUUUCAUUAAUUGUGACUGAGUGCGUGCAAAAAUUAACCAUGGGAACGAACUAGAGUGUGCAAAGUGCUGUUUACGGUCCUUUAGGACCUCCUGGAGGAGCUAAAAAGUGAUUUAUUAGUGCAUUUUUGUGUCGACGCUAGCGUGUUUUGUUCUGUCAACAAAAUGUCGAAGCUCUCGUUUAGGGCGAGGGCCCUGGAUGCGUCCAAACCAAUGCCGAUAUAUCUCGCCGAGGAGCUUCCGGAUUUACCGGACUACUCGGCGAUUAACCGUGCAGUACCUCAAAUGCCUUCUGGUAUGGAAAAAGAGGAAGAAAGUGAGCACCACCUGCAAAGGGCCAUAUCCGGCACGGGGCUGAUCAUACCGACGCCGGAGGUAUGUCCGGUGUCGGACAUAGAUUUCUACGAGAGAUGCUACCCGCCGGACUACAAGAUGCCGAAACAACAUAUACAUAUGCAACCGCUAUGGGAGGAGCAGGAGACGCCGGAGUACGACAUAGACUCGGAGGACGAGAGGUGGCUCAAACAGCAGAGGCACCCCGAGCUUACAGAGCUAAAGUUCGAGCAAAUGAUGGACAAACUGGAGAAGAGCUCUGGCCAAACGGUGGUCACGCUCAACGAGGCCAAGCUUCUCCUGGAGCGGCAGGAUGACCUCGUGAUCGCCGUGUAUGAUUACUGGCUUAAUAAGCGGCUGACCACGCAACAUCCGCUCGUAUUGUCCGUUAAGACGGAGAGCAGACCCGGGCAGUCGUCAAAUAACCCCUACCUUGCAUUCAGGAGGCGAACGGAGAAGAUGCAGACGAGGAAAAAUAGGAAAAACGACGAGAGCUCGUACGAGAAGAUGCUGAAGCUGCGCCGCGAGCUGGCCACCGCGCUCAGCCUGCUGGAGAUGGUGGCGCGGCGCGAGCGCGCCAAGCGGGAGCUCGUCAAGCUCACCGCGCUGCUCGCCGAGCGGCGGUACGCGGCCGGCGACUUCGCGAGCCAACUGCCGGAGCCGCCCGUCCGUGCGGCGCUGCCAGCGGUGCCGCUGGCGCCGUCCGUGCGGCGCGAGUUCUCACACGCCGCGUUCGCGCCGCGCCUGCCCGUGCCCGCGCCGCACGAUGCGCACCAGAGACAGCGUGAAAAGCGACCAUACAAAAGAAGGAAACACAGGCACCACACGCCCAGCUCUGUACAGGGGGUGCGAGAGUGCACCUCGUCGGAGGAAGAGAGCGUAUCGCCGGUGGACGACGGUCCGUUCGCGUUCCGACGUAAGCCGGGAUGCUUCUACGAAAUGCCAACAUCAACAUUAUGCGGUGACCCCGUGGAUCCUGAGAGUCCGUCCAAAGAAGGACUGUACCAACAUGAAAUAGACGAACGGACGAGGUUCACGCUAACAUCGGUGCGACAUCCGUACCCCCGGUACAUCGGCUUCGCGCGGCGACGGCUCGGCAGAGGGGGUCGGGUCAUAUUGGACCGGGUGAAAACACCACUCGACUCGCUGUGGCCCGAUCUGCCCGUGCCGGAGAAGAGGGUUGAGGAGGACCUUGAGAAUAAAAGACUCCGAAGUCCAAAAGUCAUAAGUCGCGACUACCAUACGGGUGGAAAACAUCCCUGGCGGCACGCGUUCCGUAAACACUUAGCGGCGAACCCCCACCUGUGGACCGACGUGCCCCGAGACACCCUUGACGACCUGAAAACGGAUCUGCAGGACGUCAAAAUCGACGUGGACGACGCCGACGACGUCAAAAUGGACGUCGACGCGGUCAAAAUCGAGGUUGACAGUGUCAAAAUGGACGGUGACAGCGUCAAGAUGGACGUUGACAGUGUCAAAAUGGACGUUGACGGCGUGAAAAUGGACAGUGAUAGUGGGAAAGUGUACAUUGACAGUGACAAAGUGGACGGCGAUAGUGCCAGUGUGACUUGUGACGUGGACAGUGUCAGCGCACGGACGAUAGAUAGUGUUGUACAGAACAAUCUUAAACGGGUGAUGAGGAAACGGGCGUGGAGCUCGAGCACCGAUUACGACUCGGACGAGAGUUUGCAUCCGGUCGAGAGAGAGUUUGAGAGUUUCAUCAGCGAGGUUCAGGAGAAAUGGCUCCAUUUCCGGCCGAAAACACCGCUACCCUCACCGCCAACCACAGACAAAACAGACGAUCUAUUUCCCAUAGCGCUCGACACGCCCAUUUCCGUUGAACUAACCCUAGAACCGCCCACGGGGGGUCUAGACACGUUCACAACCUCAGAAUUUACCCUAGGUGACCUAUACGGUGAUCUGAAUCCAGACAUGGACAACAGCGGUAGUCUUGAUAUUAGCAACGAGGACCUGCUAGGCGAAAACUUCACCGGACUUACCGAAGCCCAAGUGGAGAGCAUCCUAUCCGAGACGGACCUCAAAGCGUUAGCCGACGUUGAUUUAACGAAGGACGACAAGAAAAUGGCAAUCACGGACGACUUGCUGGAGGAGCUGGUGAAGGACGUGGACGGGAAGGAUUCUUUUUUAUUGCAUGGCCAGGGCGUAUCGGACGGGCGUGGCGUCUCUGGCCAAAAGCGAGCGCGCGGCGCGGACGCGUUCGGCUCCACCAGCGUGCACGUCAGAGGGGCGGAUAGAGAGCCGAUCUACAUAGAGACUGUACCGACGCCCAAGAAGGAAACGCCCAGGGACGUCAGGCGGGAGAAGGUGCCGACGUCGAAGAUCAUCGUGGAGGAAGUCAACGAAGUGCCGGUGAAGGUGGAGAGGAGGCGGGAGGAGGAGCAGCACCAGCAGCAGCAGCAGCAGCAGCAGCAACAACAACAACAACAACAACAACAACAACAGCAACAGCAGCAACAGCAGCAGAUAUCGCACGUGCAACUGAAGGCGGUGCAAAAGAGCUCGCCGUUGAAGAAACACAUUAUAACGUCUUCAGCUCACAGACGGGCGGGCGAUGUUACGAUCGUGACGUCAGACGCGACACAUUCGCAGUUGGUCACCGUUGCCGUCUCGGAUAGCUUGAAGCAAGUGCGAUUGGGCUCUCCGGCCACCGGCAACGUAGUGGGGCUGCUGCAGAAUGGACCCUUUGCUGUCACACUGCCUCUGCAACGGGAGCUUGGUGCAACGAGCGUAGCGAGUGUCGCGAACGUAGUCACGGCGGGCGCCGCCGGCAAAGUCGCCAACGUCACCAACAUGGCCAACGUCGCCAACAUGGCGAGCGUCAGCGUCGCCAACGUCGCCAACGUGAGCGUCGCCAACGCGCGGCGCGUGUCCGCACCGCUCGUCCAGCUCGCCCCGGCCUCGCUGCACAAGCCGCUGCAGAUACACCACCCCACCGUGGUGGUGACGCCGCAGCACCACGUCACCCAGAGCAAGCUGAAAGUGCUGCACGCCCACCCGCUGACGCACACGCAGCGGACGCAGCUGCUGGCGCAGAACCGACACCUGUCCCCCCUGCCGGCCGCCGUGGUCUCGCUGAAGGCGGCUCCCGGCUCGGUGGCACAAUUCUUCGAGAUCAAAGGCGGCCAGCUGGCCAAGGGCCCGAUCCAGAUCAAGAACCACCGGCUGCAGGUGGCCACGCCGCUGCGCGCCGCCGAGCCGUCCACCAGCAUCACGAUAGCGCAGACGAAAACCGCCUCUAUACCGUCGUCGGUGGUGGCCAAUUUGAUACAGAAGAACGUGCUGCCGAAGGGACAGAAGAUCGCGAUAUCGGGCCCGGGCGGGCAGGCGCUGUCCGCCAACGUGCAAGCGAUCGCCUUCACUACGGCGCAGCUGAAGGCGAGGCAGGGCAGGCUGAUCGCGCAGCCCAGGCCUACGCCUGUUGCUGAAAUCGUCGAAGCGUCAACGGCGCCCGUGGCCACGUCAUCCAACGCGGCCAACAUGGCGGACACGCCGCUGGCCAGCGAGCCAGCGGACAACGCCACCAACGGCGCCGUCCGCAGGCGGCCGGCGGACAACCUGCCCAUGGAGGUCACGUGACGAACGAGCCGCCAAAGUGCCA